GUGGAGCCUCACAGACAACUCGGUUCACCUGCUUCAGAUUGAUUUUAAAUUAUUAAAGAGAAGCAAAGGUAUCACAUGGAGAAUGCGGUGAAACUAGAGAGUGCCUGGCUGUGUUUUUUUUUCCUCAUCAGACCAUGAGCAAUGAAAUGAGCGCAGCAGAAGAUGUCCACGCUGAAGAUCGUCAAGCUCCCGUGCAGUUGGACAGCAUAGGUGUCAAAGAUGACUGCACCGGGCAACAAGAGAGAAGCCCAAACAGCAAGUGGAAAAUUAAAUCAAAAAAGCGGGUCUCGUUCCCUUCGGGGGAGGAGAUUGUGUCGGGGUCAGUGGAGCCCUUGAAUCCGUGGAAAGCUGAUGCCUGCGUUACAGUGGAAGAAAUCAUCACAUCUUACAACCUAAGCUGUAAGAAGCUCAAUGUGCAGCCUAUCCACAAUCUGUUGACACAGUUGCAGGAAAUCACCGAGGUACAACACUGGAUCGCAUGUUUAGAUCUGAAGGGGGAAAAGUUAGACUAUGAGAGCUGUGAAGCACUCGAAGAAAUCUUCAAACGCAUACGUUUUAAGAUGAUUAAUUUGGAGUGGGCAAAGCUGCAUGAAGAUGGAGCCUCUGCGCUGUUUGAUAUGAUGGAGUAUUACGACUCAACGCUUUGCCUCAGCAUUUCCUUCAGCAGGACCAUUGGAACAAGAGGCUGGAGAGCGGCAGCACAGCUGAUUCGGACGAGUAGCAGCUUGCAGGAGUUUGAGGCAUCAGGAAUCCCUUUGACAGAGCACUCCGCCUCCUACGUGGCGCGUGGACUGAAGUUUAACCGCCAUCUGAGAGUGUUACGCUUGGAUAACACUGGGCUGAGUGGCCGCUCGCUGAUGCUGCUAGUUUCUGCCCUGAAGAUGAACCAGGUGCUUCAAGAACUUUACCUGGCAGACAAUAACCUGAACAGUGUUCAAGACUCCAUGUACCUGCGAGACCUGCUGGAGGGGAAUGGUGCCAUACGAUUAUUAGACCUAAAAAACAACUGCAUCUUCAACACAGGAUUGGAGGACAUCUGUGAAGGCCUUAAAAGACAGAAGCAAGGACUGAAAACACUUAUACUUUGGAACAACAGACUGACUCACAAGGGGAUGAAUCACUUAUCUGCCAUUCUGCCUAAAUUAAGAUCGCUGGAAACACUGAACCUAGGCCGUAAUCCACUCAGCAAUGAGGGAAUUCGUAGACUUAAAGAAGGAUUGAUAGCCAAUCGAUCAAUUACACGAUUAGGAUUGGCAUCGACAGCAAUAACUUGUGAAGGAGCUAUAGCCACAGCAGAAUUCCUCGUCGAGAGCUCUGGGAUCCUAAGGCUGGAUCUUCGACGGAACAGAAUAAAGACCGGAGGACUGAUGGCCCUCACUCUGGCCAUGAAACUAAAUCGGUCGCUGGUCCAACUGGAUUUGGACAAGGGACCAGUGGGGGAGAAAGAAGGCUGGUUGAUCGAAACUCAGAAACUGUUGCAGGUUAAGAUUGCAAAAUGUUGCAAGAGGAACUCGAUCGUGAAUGGAACGCAGCUAGAAGAGGGGACGAAUGAGGCGACACAAACGGGCGUAUCCCAGGGUAAAAGAUCAAAUAGAAAAACCUGGGAUCGCCCUGUUAGAACUGAAGUGAGUUUGAACGAGGAUUACAAGCACGUUUCAUAAAGAUGCAGCAAUAGUUGGGCACCACUGCGUACGAAGACAACAUAGAGAUAACUAAAUAGAGACCCAAUGCAAACUGGCAACAUUUAUGCAAACUCGUCAAGUCCAGACACUUGGUGCAAAUUGUUUUUUUUAAUGGAUUAUAAAAUUCUCUGCAACACGUUGUUUUAUCGAUGGUGCUUUCUUUCAGCAUGAAAAUUACCCAAUUAGCUAGGCAUAAUUUUGUAAGAUUACGUUUGCGCUUUCUUCAUACAUAAUUUUGAAGCAAAAAAUAUGCCACGUGCAAACACAACGUGCAAACACAAGACCUAUUUAAAACCGGUGUCACUGGACGUUGAUAGAUGGCGUCGGCAGUUUUCAAACAAUUACACCUUAAAGUGCUUUACCUUUCAAUCACAAUUCUGUAACUUUGUGAGUUAUACUAACUGUGAAGCUCAUUUGUGAAAUAAAAGUGGUAUCCAAUCAA